AUGGUCACUGUACAUAACAGGUCCGGUUCGCUGUAUCUGUAUCGAAGUACAUAUUGCUCAAGUGCGUUCGUUUUCCUGAUCAUUCUCUAUGGAUGUGUGCUCGUAUUUCCUGCGAUACUCGUUCAUCAUAGCUACGGUCUUUGGCGCCGCCUCGAGUUGUUUUCCGAACAACCAAAGAUUGACUUCAAGAAAGAAUAUCUCAUCGUGACCGAAACCUCGAAUGGGAGUGUCGAUUUCUGGAGCAGACCCCAACCCGCUCGGCUCUCGAAUACUUCUCCACUUUUGAGAAUUUCGCAUUCUGUGAGUGACUCGAAUUUGGACCUGAAGCCAGAGCACCACGAAUUCCAAAUCGACGUCGAUCUCAAGAAUGUGACCGGAAUCAAACUGCUGCUCCGCAUGGAAGCCCGACUGCAGAAACUAGCUGUCCUCGUCGCCGACUGUCUGGUGUGGAUCGAUCACAGCUCUCCGACUCGAGGGGAAUCUCUGACGGUCGGCGCUGAUCUCAAAUUGAUGACAUCUUUUGUGAUGCCUUACAAAUCUUACAGUGACCUCGUCGGAGAAAUUGACUUCACUCGCCCGACGGAGGAUGUGUUGAAAGAUUAUUCGAAAGCCAAAGCAAAAUGUGUCCUCGAAGGUGUUACCAAACUGUGGAGGGUUUCCAGCCGGGAAACUGGCGGAUUCAAGAUGUCGCUCAUCUUGAACACCGUUGAACAGCCUUUCAACUUCAGGCCUGGACUGGCUUACAUGUUCAAAUUCGCCUGGAUUCAAUACUUCAGUAUCUUAGCGAUUCUCGCGGGAAUCGCCAUCAAGCUGAAGAAGUUCGUCUUCGAAAAUCAGAUCAUCGACACCUAUUGCACCACCAUGAAGACACUUUGAGCACUCGGAGCGAUAUUUUUCCAGUUCUUGCGAAUAAAUAGAGUCCGGAAUCUCCUAUUG